CAACGAUGUGCAUAAUCUACAUUUUAAUGUCAACAUGAGUUUUGUUAUUAAGAGUACCUCUUGAGAUURCAAAAACAUUCGCCUCAAAACAGCCAUACAUUUUUUAUAAGUCGUAAGUCGUCAAAAUGAGCAGCCUAAAUGUCCCUAAASUCAAUGCUUCUAGGCAAAGUAGUUUGGCUUCUAUGGAAAACUACCCAAGCUUUGAUGAAGUUGAACUGGAUAAUUUGCUGAAGGAAGAGGGUUUGCAAAAAUUUGACGAUAAUUUUGACGAAGAUGCUGUUUCUUUGAGCGUUGAAGAAGGUGACUCUGAUGAUGGUAACUUUUCUGGAUCACAGGAGCAGUUAUCAUCCACAACUCAAGACAGAUAUGGUGACUCUCUACACCACGCAUCAUAUGUUGGUAACAUGGAGAAAAUAGAAGAGCUAUAUGACAGUGGCGCAGAUGUGAACGGUAAAGAUGGUUAUGGACAAACACCUCUGCACUGUGCUAUACUUGGACAGCAGCUGGAAGCUACAAAGUUCCUCCUUGACCACAGGGCCAAGGUUUAUGUCCUUGAUUACAAGCAGGACACGCCAAUCCAUUGUGCCGUAAGAACUGGAAAUGUUGAAUUACUAAAGGAAUUGCUAGUGGACCCUCGUGUCGAUGUUAACUUCAAAGGAAAAGAAAAAGUCUCUCCCCUUCAUGUUGCGGUUCAGACAGACCACCCAACAACUGAGAAAAUAUGCCAGCUUUUGCUAAUGGCAGGUGCUGAGAUAUCAGCCAAAGACAUCAACAACAGAACCCCCUUGUGUUUAGCUGUUAUGAAAGGAGCAUACGAUGUAGUGGAUUGCCUAUUCCAUGAUGUUAAAGCUAAGGAGAAAUGUAAGAUGGAAGAUUUGUUGUAYGGUGUGGACCAAAAUGGCAGUACGAUGUUGCACUUGGCGGUAGACACAGGACAGCUGAAGAUAGUUAAGCUUUGUCUUCAGUAUGGAGCAAGAGUAGAUAAAGUGAAGGAAUCUGAUGGCACUACCGCUGUACACAUGGCUUGUACAUACGGCUCGUUCGAGAUCCUCAAGGUUCUUAUCAAGUCAGUGUCAUACAUCUACUGUUAUUCUCAGUCAGAYAAGCAAGGACUGACUUGUCUGCACAAAGCAGCGAUGUAUGACCAUGUCGACAUAGUGAGGUUUUUAAUUGAUCAGGGUAUUGAACUAAAUGACUUGGAUAAUGAAUUGCGCACACCCUUGUUAUUAGCCGCGUCACGUGGUUGUACUGGUGCGGUUGAGAUAUUGUUAGAACACGGGGCGGAUACUACCUGCAGAGAUUCCAUGAACAGGACGGUACUUCAUUCUGCUGUGGGGCACUCUGAUACGCUGGCAGCACUAUUGAAACAUGUUGGAAUUCGUGGAAUGAUAAACACAGUUGACGAGCACGGCUCAACAGCACUUCACUACGCAGCUCAAGGGGGAUUCCUAAAGAACGUGUGUCUAUUACAAAGAAGAUGGACGAGAUCAAGUUCCAACUACCAGGCUUCUGUCAAAGUGCGUAACAAUCGAGGAGAGUUACCGUUACACCUGGCCGCGAGAAAUGGUUGGAUAGACAUUGUCAAGAAACUGCUCCACGCUCGUGGCUUCCAUCAGAUCGACGCAGUCAACGACAUAGAGAGAACACCAUUGCACUGCGCAGCGGAAGAGGGACAUAGUAACUUGGUGUUUCUGUUACUUGAACACCAGGCCAGCCUCCUCAAGGACAGAAAUGGUAAGACAGCACUGCACUUGGCUGCUGCUAAAGGGUCCUUGAAGUCAGUAGCAAUCAUCCUGCGAGCCAAACCUCGCUGUAUUAACGAAGUGGACAAAGAUAUGAACACUGCUUUGCACAUGGCUGCUCAAGGAGGCCACGCCCACAUCGUAUGCUUCCUGCUGUCAAUCAAAGACCAGAAGGUUCUUCCUAACGCAUACAACCAAAACGUACUGGACGUGGCUGUARCWAAUGAACAUGCGGAGGUUGCUAUGGCAAUAGCUGAACACAAGAGGUGGCGUGACGUGUUGAGGCGUGCUCCUCGAGGAGCUGAAGGACAGAUGCAGGUUCUAGUAAAGGCAAUACCCCAUGUGGCAGAGAAAUUCCUUGAUAAUUGUGUGACAACGUAUGGRCCUCCUGACAGUCCUCAUUACAAGGUGUCGUACGACUUCCGUCUUCUCCAAGGAAUGGCGGAUGAGAACGAUGGUCAUUGUGGUUCGUUAGAUGCGUUGGAGACGAUGGUGAAGCACAAAAGACUUGGCUGUCUUACACAUCCGUUGUGUCAGGCCUUCCUCGACAUUAAAUGGCGCAAAGCUGGCCUUAACGAAGUCAUUCCUCAGUUCAUUCUGUUUUUCACAUACAUCGUGUCUCUUGGGACAUUCAUCAUGUACCAGCCGUGUGCGAUAUCCGAUAGAAAUCCUAACAAAUUCUCCAUGAAUAGAAAUGUCAGCUGUGUGAAGGGAGACAUUUUGUACUACGGUACAUGGCCUUUUGAGGUCCGUAACGAUGGGUUACUAACAUUACGAGUGCUGUACUGGAUAUGCCUUAGUAUAUGUUGCUUAAGAAUACCAAAAGAAAUCUCUGUUAUGAGACAGGGAAUGUCGCGAUAUUUCACCGAUGUUGAGAAUGUAUUCAAUAUUAUCGCCUUGAUCGUCACGAUAGUCUUCUUCCUGUACGUGGUGCCCUUCGGUCGUCCCGCGAAGAACUCUGACACAAGCGGUUACCUUCUGACAGUAGUUCUCGUGAUCUUCAGUGGAGUGCUCUUUAUCAAGCAUUUGAGGAAUUAUAAAAUCUUUGGUCUGUAUGUUACCAUGGUGAUCAAGAUCAUCAGGACUUUUAUCAAAGUAAGUGGCCGGGGUGGACUGGACCUAAUAACAUGGCAGUACUCAUUAUGUUAG